GAAGGGCCCAAAAUUGGAGCAGAAAACCAGAGACAGACAAUGGUGGAGCCAGACGACGCCGUUUUGGUGGUUGAAGACGAAGAUUUCCUGAGCGCCGUCGCAGCAGUGGAGGCCAAUGCUCUGUCGAACAAGCGGCGCAGGACCUACACCUCCGACGCUGCAAAAGAAGGCGUCUACACUGCCGCUCUCAGAGGAAGCAACAGUCUGGCAUGGAAGCAGAGCGCCACCGCCGCAUCCGGUGCUCCGAGCAGCAGAGGAUCAUCCUCUGUUUCUUCCUCCGGUAAAUCAGACGGCGGAGAUUCUUCCCCUCCCGAAAAGCCAUGCCCCUGCGGAUUGGGAACCUGUCUCAUUCUCACUUCCAACACCCAGAAAAACCCGGGCCGCAAAUUCUACAAAUGUCCUCUCAGAGAGGAAAAUGGGGGCUGUGGGUUCUUCCAGUGGUGUGACAAUUCUUCUGGAAUUAGUAACGAUGCUUUUGGGGCUAUAAAUUCUGGAUUGAACUCUUCAUUCCCUGAUCUUAAAUGUCCCUGUGGUGCUGGUUCUUGCCUGAUUCUAACUGCAAAAACCGGUAAUAAUGCCGGGCAGCAGUUCUACCGCUGCCCUGCUAACCAGGGAGGUUCUUGUGGGUUUUUCAAAUGGUGCAAUGAUCAAACUGUACCAGCUGGGCUCCCAGUCGGUGCUUUGAGGGGUUAUAACACCACCACCACCAAUGCAAGCAUCAAAAGCCAUGGGGCACAAAGUGGUUCUUCCUGUUUCAAAUGUGGCAAGGAAGGGCAUUGGGCAAAAGAUUGCCAGAUGCGUUCACCUGAGCCCCUUGCUGAUUCAGGAGGAAGGCCUGCUUCAUCAGGUACCUGUUAUAAGUGUGGUAAGCCUGGUCACUGGGCAAGAGACUGCUCUUCUAGUCAAGAUACAAAAGUAUGGCAGAGACGGUAAACCAGUUACUUUUGGUAGUUUAUAAUGUCAAACUUGUAAAUAAGGAGUUUUUGUAAGUCAACUGUGAUUUCUUGGUGACCUACUGAUGGAUGUGAUUUUGUGGUUUGGAACUCUGUUUGACUAUGGGUGAAAUGGAAUUGGCCUCUUUGUGGAGCUUUGUGAGCA